GCGCCAGUUACGGAGAGGCAGGACUCGGCACACUUGAAUUGUGUAGGAAUUUCGAAAUAGGUAGUGCAGUGAUACGUAAACGUUAAUAGCCGGCGAUUGCGAAAGAGAAUGGGGUUGCUGGUCUUGGCCUGUGUUUCAUUGUUGGUGAGUGGCUCUUUGGCUGUGGAUCGAGGAAACUUCAAAACCUGCGACCAGAGUGCCUUCUGCAAACGUCAACGGGCUCUCAAGGCAGGCCAGUCGCCGUACAGAGCCCUGCUGGACACGCUGGAACUCAGUGAUUCCAGGGUCACACUACAGCUCAUCAAUGACAACAACAAGGUGCGUCUUCUGCUGGAGCUGUACCGGCUGCAAGGCAACAUGACGCGGGUCAAGAUCAACGAGCUGAAGCCACUCAGGCCCCGCUUUGAGGUGCCGGACGUGCUGGUGUCCGACCCACCCACUGAGCCUAUGUCGCUGUUGUCUCAGGAUGACAACGGCGUGGUGCUGUCCCUGGGCGUACAGCGGCAGCAGAGGCUGAUUGUCAGCGCUCGGCCCUUCCGGCUGGACAUUGUGGAGGGACCCGAGGUGCUGAUGUCUCUCAACUCCCGGGGCCUCCUGGCCUUUGAGCACCUGCGCAUGCGCAAGGACACUCAGGCCAAUCCUGAGGGUGGCGAGGCGAAGGAGGAUGCAGAUGGAGAAGAACAGCAGGUGGAAGCAAAGGAGACCGUAGAAGAAGGUGUUAAAGAAGAGGAGAUGGAUGGCAUGUGGGAGGAGACAUUCAAGUCGCACACUGACGGCAAACCGAAUGGGCCGACCUCCAUCAGUCUAGACUUCUCUCUGCCCGGAGUAGAACACGUCUAUGGCAUUCCAGAACAUGCCGACACUCUCAAAUUGAAGACCACAGACGGUGGGGAUCCCUAUAGGUUGUAUAAUCUGGACGUGUUCCAGUACGAGCUGUUUAACCCCAUGGCCCUGUACGGAGCUGUACCCGUCAUGCUGGCCCAUAGUACGGCACGCACCAUGGGCCUCUUCUGGCUAAACGCUGCAGAGACCUGGGUGGACAUUAGCUCCAACACCGCUGGAAAGACCGUGUUUGGGAAGAUGCUGGACUACGUUCAGGGCGCCAGUGAGACGCCACAGACGGACGUGCGCUGGAUCUCCGAGAGCGGCAUCAUCGACGUCUUCAUCAUGCUUGGCCCCACUCCCUCUGACGUCUUCACCCAGUACGCCUCCCUGACCGGCACUCAGUCUUUCCCCCCCAUUGCUGCCCUGGCCUACCACCAGUGCCGCUGGAACUACAACGACCAGGAGGACGUGCAGGCUGUGGACAAGGGCUUCGAUGAGCACGACAUCCCCUACGACUUCAUCUGGCUGGACAUCGAGCACGCCGACGGCAAGCGCUACUUCACCUGGGACCCCCACAAGUUCCCCACCCCCAAGGACAUGCUGCAGGGCAUCAUGGACAAACGCCGCAAGAUGGUGGCAAUCGUAGACCCUCACAUCAAAAUAGACAGCAACUACAAAAUCCACAACGAGAUCCGGGCCCAAAACUUCUAUGUCAAAAACAAAGAUGGAGGAGAUUAUGAAGGCUGGUGCUGGCCUGGGAGUGCUGGUUAUCCAGAUUUCACCAACCCCCAAAUGCGGGCCUGGUGGGCUAGUAUGUUUGCUUAUGACCAAUACGAGGGUUCUAUGGAGAACCUGUACACAUGGAACGACAUGAAUGAGCCAUCUGUUUUCAAUGGACCAGAGGUCACCAUGCAUAAGGAUGCUAAGCAUGGCGACUGGGAGCACCGUGAUGUCCACAACCUCUACGGCUUCUAUGUGCAAAUGGCUACUGCUGACGGUUUGAUCCGCCGCUCUGGGGGAGUUGAGCGUCCGUUCGUCCUCACCAGGGCCUUCUUCGCUGGGUCUCAGAGAUACGGAGCGGUAUGGACCGGUGACAACGCGGCAGAGUGGGACCACCUGAAGAUCUCCAUCCCCAUGUGCCUCAGUCUGGGCCUGGUGGGCAUCUCUCUGUGUGGAGCUGAUGUCGGGGGUUUCUUCAAGACGCCCAGCGCCGAGCUGUUGGUUCGCUGGUACCAGACGGGUGCCUACCAGCCCUUCUUCCGCGCCCACGCCCACCUGGACACCCCCCGCCGUGAGCCCUGGCUCUUCGGGCCCGAGAACACGGCACUGAUCCGUGAGGCCGUGCGCCAGCGCUACGCCCUCCUGCCCUACUGGUACCAGCAGUUCUACCAGGCCUACAGGACCGGCCAGCCCGUCAUGAGACCAUUGUGGGUAGAGUAUCCCAAGGACACAGCCACGUUCACCAUGGAUGACCAGUUCCUUAUUGGGAAGGACUUGCUGGUGCACCCUGUAACUGAGGAGGGCUCCCGGGGCGUUACGGCCUAUCUGCCAGGACAUGGAGAGGUCUGGUACGAUGUCCACACAUUCCAGAAACACAACGGAGCUCAGAGCCUGUACAUUCCUGUUACCAUGAGUUCUAUUCCAGUAUUCCAACGUGGUGGUUCCAUUAUUCCCAAAAAGCUCCGGGUCCGGAGGUCCUCCUCAUGCAUGGAGAACGACCCCUACACUCUUAUUGUGGCUCUGAAUCCCCAGAGGACUGCAGAGGGAGAGCUCUACAUUGACGAUGGCCACACCUUCAGCUUUGACACCAAGAAGGAGUUUAUUCACAGGAGCCUAACCUUUGCCAACAACGUCCUCUCCACUAGGAACCUGUGCCCUGAGAGCCAGCUCUCCUCUCCCUCCUGGAUCGAGAAGGUGAUCAUUCUUGGGGCCAGUAAUCCCAAAGGGGUCAACCUUAAGACUGAUGGUAAAGUGACUCCACUGGACUAUGAGUUUGAUGCCUCCAUGUCGGUGCUGACCCUCCGUAAGCCUGGCGUGAACGUUGGUGCAGACUGGACUGUGGAGCUGCUGUGAGGCUGGUGGGGACUGGGCUCAGGAUCCAUAGGGUGGAUGUGGCCACAGGCUGUGGUGACCACACGUGGAUAAAUGACCAAGGCAGGGAAGCUUGUAAGAGGCACAUGGAGACCAAGCUGAUUGAAUAUGGGACUACGAUCACAUAUACACACACACACACACACACACACACACACAUACCCCC